AGCGUCACAUGAAGGAGAGUUGAGCUGAGGCAGGGUAGGGUGCAUUAUUACCAGUAUCGGGUAAUUCAUGCGAGUAAUGGAAGAGAUAUUAACUCACUUUCUCUGGAAGACAUUGGUUGAAUGAGACGUGUCAUGCAGUAAUCUGGGUUACUUGAUUCAGUUGAGGGGGUGCUGGCGGAACGCCGGGUCUUAAGAAGACAGAACUUGUUGAGAGUGGGUACUAAAGGGUUAAUUAACAACCAGCCCUACAGAACCGCACACCGUCAUCAGAGUGUCUUACCACUGGCAUGAACGACAGCUUCAAAAGAACUCAAACCGCUGUGCUUGAAUGGACUCACAUGCAGCAGCCUAUCUUUUGAAAGCGAUUACUGCACGGCAGGAACAUGCAUUCUAGUUAGUGCUGUCUGGUCCACAGGAAGGACUGUGUGCAAUGGUGAAGCUGUUUACAUGGUUGCUAUGAAUUUGCUUGAUGAGCCCAUUUGGCGGACAGUGACGUGCGAGUGACUGAAUUAACGCGGCUCGGCUUCCUUUGUCCGUCAUUACAGUUAUAAGAGCUUGAGAGACAGUCUGUUCGUUAUCUUGAAACCUCUCUGACUGGGCUCUCAACCCUAAUCAAGAGCAAUCGCUGCUGUUCUAAAAUACAUCAAAACUGGAAGUCAGGGGGGUAGUAAAUGCAGUAAUACACAUUGGAAAUACAUACAUUAUUAACUCAAUCAACCGCAGCAUGAACUCAACGACCACUGUGAACAGGACAGUAGGGGCUUUUAACCCCGCUGUCGGAGCGGACGUAGUGGAGUCGGUUCUCCGGUGCUGCAAUUUCACCGGCUCUGUAAGCACCGACGACGGGUUCGGGAUGUCGAUCCAGGAUGAGCGGAGCCUGUACAUCACGCGGGUGGUCCAGAUCGCGGUUCUGUGCGUCCUGUCGCUCACCGUGGUCUUCGGUGUCUUCUUCCUCGGAUGCAACCUCAUGAUCAAAUCGGAGAGCAUGAUCGCCCUCCUGGUGAACGACAGGAGACCCUCCAAAGAAGUGGAGGCGAUUCUUAUCGGCAAUUAUUAAGUUGCGGGAAUCUAGAAAUUACUUUUUUUUUCUUGUCAAAAUUGGUGGUACUGUAAUCCCGUUUUUUGUCUUUUGUUAGUUUUUCAAUAAUGCAUCAAUACCAGCGUUUAUGGGGAACGCAUGAAAAAACGGGCAUGUAUUUCGUGUUCCAGAAGAAAACGUUUUGAACGCUUAGUUGUUGCCCUAUGCAGGAUGACCAUGCUUUCUCUUAAGGGAAUGGAGGGAGCACCACUUCUCCUAGGGGUUGAGGAAGGGGGCUGUUCAGACUAUGAGCCCCAAAACCUGCCCUGGACCGAAGGAACAACCUUAAAAUUACAACUCCUGGUCUCUUUUGGAGACUGCAUGACAAGUCGCUCUCUUGUGUAGCAUUGCGUGUGAGGGACAAUUCUCCAGAUACUGUAUGCUUUUAACCACGUGAAGAAUUAAAGGAUCGGUGCAUCACAGACAACUGGAGUCCAAUUGCAAUUAGAAUUCAUUUAAUUACGAUCUUUAGGGAGAUCGUUGACAGAGCCCAGA